AUGAGUGUCACGGAUCUAAAAGGGCCCCACAACCUGGAGCUCUUUGCCACCGGCACGGCUUUGCGCACCGCGCUGACCAGAGUCCGAGGAAAAAGUGCCGUGCUCACGCUCUUCCAAGUUUCGAGAUGCCGCGAUAGGGAUCUCGUCGAAAUGGUGAUUGCCCUCGCCCACAGCCUAGUCACCCUAGGAAUCGAGGUCGAAAUUCACUGGAUUCCAGGCCAUAUUGCCCAUCCUGCGCAUAAACCGGCGGAUGCGAUGGCCAGAGCGGCUUCGAACCAUGGAGCCCUAUAUGCUGAGGGCUGGGCGGUGAAGACAAGUUUGGAUGAUACGGAGCAAGUUAUGGACUCCUGUUUCUUGAAGCUCAGAGAGGGCAACCCGAUUCGAAGGCUUGAGGAGCGAUGA